AUGUCCUCCUCCCAGUCAUAUUCAAGGCGGCAGUGGUGUUGCUACCUUUGCGAUUUGCCUAAGAUGCCAUGGGCUAUGAUCUGGGACUUUAGCGAGACUGUCUGCCGAGGCUGUGUGAAUUAUGAAGGUACGGACCGUAUUGAAUUCCUCAUAGAGACGGCAAGGCAGUUGAAAAUAACUCAUGUUAUGCAGGAUGACAGGUCCCCGUGUCCCCAGCCCACUAAACAUGGCCCAGGUGGGAGAGAUGGACCUAUGGAGGGUGGCAGGCCACUUCCUGAAUGCUUUGAAAGGGGAAGAGGGGACUACGGAGCCCCAGCACGGAUCCCCAACGGUCUGCAUAGAAUAGAUGACGGGGGCCCACAACAAGAACUCAGUGGACAGAGCCCUAUCAACGCCAGACGACCCAUGGUGUGUACCGUUCCGCCCAAUUUAAUGACACAAGGCCUUGUGGGGGCUCCGCACGGGUUGCUAGCAGCUGUGCCCGGUUUAAAUGCCAGAGUCGGGGGAACCCCCCUCACCCUCUCUGCCUCCAUGCUGAACGAGAUCACCAAGAGGCAGCUGAGCAUGGGCAUGGGUGUGGCCUCCUUCCUGAGCCCUGAGUUUGAGAAGGAGCUGAGGGAGAAGCAGAGGAACGCAGAGGCUCUGGCCGAGCUGUCGGAGAGUGUACGGAACCGAGCAGACGACUGGGCCGGCCGACCCAAGGCUGUACGAGGGGCCCUGCUCACCCUCUCCGGCUGUACCCCCUUCAACGUGCGCUUCAAGAAGGACCACAGCCUGGUGGGACGGAUCUUUGCCUUCGAUGCCAAGCUGACGCUGGACUUUGAGCUGAAGAUCUUUGCGGAGUACCCGUGCGGCUCGGGGAACAUGUUCUCCAGCCUGGCGGCGCUGGUCAAGCAGAUGUUCCACGACAGCCAGAGAGACUCUGGGAGCAAGGUGGUCAACUCGGGCCUGAAGUAUGUGGAGUACGAGAAAAGGCAUGGCGCGGGGGACUGGCGACUGCUCUCUGAGCUGCUGAGUGAUGCGGUACGGGCCUUUAAGGACACCCCCGGCCCUGACGUUCUCCCCCAGCCCUACCUGGACGCCAGCUGCUCCAUGCUGCCCACAGCGCUGUGUCACAUGUCCCGCUCGGCACCGCCAGUCCGCGGGCGCCGGAGGAAGGCUUCCCCAGAGCCCCAGGGUGGAGAGGUGGUGACCACAGAGGAGCAGCUCCGGCAGCAUUGGCCCAUGGGGAUGUACCCGGGAAUGGCUAUCCACCUAGCUGCCUCCUCCUUCCCCAGCGCUAGCCAGCCACCUCCUCACCAGGAGGGCUCAGCCUCCCAUUCCCACAGCAGCGAUCCCUCCCCCAUCACAGCACUGAUGAGCGUGGCUGACAACGCAGGUGCAGCCGCCGGCCAGUCACCCAGGGAGGCCCCUAGCAGCAGCAGUAGUGGUGGAGGCCUGGGCCACUCCUCCUUGGCAGUGAGACAGAGCAGCAGCAGCCCCAUGGCAGCGUGCCCUGCGGGGCAGCAGCGGCGCCUGGCCUCCAGGAAUGGGGAACCCCAGGGAGCCAGCAACUCUGCAGGGGGAACCACAGCAGCUCUCCCUCUGGCUGGGGCCUCGGACCAGGGAGCAGGGGACCCCUCCAGCUCCUCUGGUCCCCCUCUCUGCUGCACCAUCUGCCACGAGCGCUUGGAAGACACUCACUUUGUCCAGUGCCCCUCGGUUGCGGCCCAUAAGUUCUGCUUCCCAUGCACCAGAGACUUCAUCCGGAGCCGGGGGGCCGGCAGCGAGGUGUUCUGCCCCAGUGGAGAGGGGUGUCCCCUGGUAGGCUCCAACGUGCCCUGGGCCUUCAUGCAGGGAGAGAUCGUUACCAUCCUGGCUGGAGAUGUCAAGGUGAAGAAGGAGCGCGACCCCUAAAUCCUCUGGGACAGCUGACUAAGGCUGUUGACACCUGAGUGGAGCUGCAGCCUGCUGACAGAUAACGACAAUCUCAACAGAUUCUCCCCACCUCACAGCCAAUCACCACAGCAAUCCGCCAGGUUCUCCCCAACUCACAGCCAAUCAUCAUACACCUCCACCUGCAUGGGGCAGGCUUUACACUACCAUAUCACUGUCUGGUUGGUUAGGGGGUGACGAUACCCCCAGCCCCAGCUCACCUCUAAUACCUAAUUCACACCUUUGUCCCUCAAACGUCAACGUAUCUACAUUAGUAUUGGUCACUAGUAUUUGUCACUGACUUUAUAAACCAGUGGACCAUGGUUGAGAAGUAUGAACUUCGUCUAGCCUCUGUUCUAGGUGAUUUUAGGGCUGCUGUUUUCUGUUUCCUUGAACAUCUUUCUAACAGAUAUUCGAGUGGCAAUGUGAACGAGUGAUGACGUCACAAAAUGUUACAGCAACAUACAGACUAGAACUGUUUUGUUUUGCGUCACAUUUGCGCUUUACGUACAAAACUGACGCUGACUGUCACGGAGCGAACUGUUUGCUCUUUGUUGAAACCUCAAACCAGCAGCAGUUAAUGUCGCGCCAUCGAUUUUAUAAGACCGUAGCGGGGACUUUCAGUGCUACGCGACACAGUAACAUGGCUUCCACAGUGCCCAACAAAGGUGCUUUAUCCCGCAUGUAUUAAAUGGGAUGGAUACCUCUAUUUUAUACUGAAUGUAGAAUGCAAGACAAUCUUUCUCCAUGGUAAUAGAUGUGCAAUCUAUAGUUUUGAGACAACACAGCUUGUGGUAAACACAUGCAUAGAAACCAAAGAUUCAUGCUAAAGUAAAUGUACAGUGCCUAAUAGAAGGUCUACACCACCUUGAACUUUUUUCAAAUGUUGUUUGCGUUACAAAGUAGGAUUGUAAUAGAUUUAAUUGUAAUUUGUUUUGCCAUUGAUCUACAGAAAAUACUCCAUAAUGUCAAAGUGAAGAAGACAAAAUAUGUUUACAAAUGAAAUAACUAAAAUAUAGUCGUUGUAUAAGUAUUCACCCUUUUUUGUUUAGGCAAGCCUAAAUUAGUUCAGAAGCUUGACACAGGCAAAGACUGGGGAGGUUUUCAGGAAGAAACUAAAUGUGAUGGAGCUAAGCACGGGCAAAAUCCUCUAGGAAACCUGCUUCAGUCUGCUUGUACACCAGACACUGAGAGAGGAAUUCACCUUUUCAGAAAGACAAUAACCUACAACACAAAGCCAAAUCCCCACUGGAGUUGCUUACCAAGAAGACAGUGAAUGUGACCAAGUUGCAGUUUUGACUUAAAUCUGCUUGAAAAUCUACGGCAAUACUUGAAAAUUGCUGUCUAGCCAUGAUCCCCAACACCUUGACAGAACUUGAAGAAUCUUUUAAAAAAUCUUCUACUUUGACAUUACGGAGUAUUUUGUGUAGAUUGUUGAUGAAAAAUGACAAUGAAAUCAAUUUCAAUCCCACUCUGUAACGCAACAAAAUGUGGAAAAUGUUCAAGGGGGUGUAGACUUUCUGUAAGUACUGUGUAUUUCAAAACUAAUCUUAUCAUUUAUGUGUUAAAUGUCUUUAUUAUUUCAGUAUGUGCCAGGGAAAUAGUGGGUGAAAUGGUUCUUGCUAGGAUAGGUAUAGGUUCUGUUAACUGAAGUGGUAGAGGGUGUAGAGAUUAAACUAAUAUUGUGUACUUGAUGUUUUUAAUUUAAAGGAAUGUACUAUUCAUGUAAAGUCAAAGGUUUUUUCUAUAUUGACUGAGAUUCAAGGUUUGUUUCACGUGAUCCUUGUGAAAUUAGGAUUUUUUUUUUAAUACCUUCUAUCAUAUCCCAAUUUAAUGCUCUGUUUUACCUAUGAACUUAACUCUUUUAAUUGUUUAAAAGAUAAUAUAUACAUGUAUAUCAAAAUACUUCCCUGUCAGGUUUUCCUUAACCUUUAAUGUUUGUCACCAAAAAUAAUAUAUGAAUUUAAUUAUCAAUUUGCAAAGCUGCUGCCAAUCAAUACCCUAGCAUGUGCAUGUGUUAAUAUGAAAUUCAAUUAGGACAAUGCAUCAAGCCAUUGCUGAUCACAUGGGCAUGAAUGUAUACUGUACAAACAUACGUAUUGUACACUAGUGGUUGUAUCUGAAAGUGUAUUUAGUACUAAAAUUAGGCCUAGGCCUAUUUCUUAUCUAAAAUAGGAUACUGUAAUUCAAAUGUAGCCCAUACAACAAAAAAUGAAUUUCCCACAAAAGCACUGAUAUGUUUAUGCAACUUUCCUCAAGUGCCUUUAAUGGCGUCCUCUGUCUGAAAGCACAUUUUAAAAAUCCAUAUAAGUCUAUGGACUUUUGUAUUUGGCCCCUAAAUUAGUAAGGAUUGUUUUGGAUUGUCUUGUGCCGGCCUUUCUAUUAGUCUGGUCCUUUAUGGUCCUGUCUGCCAUGGACUCUGUUUUUGUAGUUGCUUAUCUCAACACAGUUUAAGGGUAAAGCUUGUAUUCCAACUCUAUUUAAACUUUCAGUUUCAUAUAAUUUGUUUUGUUCAUUGAAAAUAAAUGUCACAUUUUAUUUGUUAUUUCUCUUGAAGCUUCUACGUAAUUGACCAAAAAAUUGAAGCGUACAUAAAUAAAACAAAAAAUAUAUAUACUACCACGGUUUUAUACUGUUGCAAUGAAACGCUCUAUGGUCAUUGUCUUGCUAUGUCCAGUAGAUGGCGCACGUUAACCUGUGCAGAUCUUGACUUUAGAGAUGUGUUGUGAACUACUAAAAAGAAUCUAGGCAGUCGUCUAUAUUGGAGGGAAAUGGCAGUUACCGAUGCAUCAAUUAGAUGGCGUCGUAUUUGACAUUGGCCAUAAUUUCACUUAGAUAAUGUGUUCUUUUAUGUGAUGAUGGAGACAUUUGUUUCUCAAUGUAUUUUACUGUAGGCAUACACUUCUUUAAAGACGCUUAAAGGUUAGCCUAAUUGUACAACGCCGUCUACCAAGAUAUUGCCAGAUAUUGAAUCUCAAUCAUAACUCCCCCCACUAGAAAGCAUAUUGAAAUCUCUGGCUUCCUCUAUUAGUGUCAACUCAUUAAAGCUAUUCGUUGAGAUGUUAAUGAACGAUCUACUGUCACAUUGGCAUUAGAAGCAGCCGACCUGCAGGAGGAUGUAGGGAUCUGUGAUGGGGGAAUAGACCAUUUAAAGGCAACGGAUUAAUGAGGAAGUAGUUCUCUGCUCAUUACUCAAAUGCGUUUCAGCGCGCGCAGCAUGUUCCUCCAAAGCUCUCCAUAUUGUAGAAUCAUUAUUGGACGGGUUAUCUAUAUCUAUCGAAAUAGCUGGCCUUCGAUUCAAGACAAUUGAGCUUAGCUAUGUGUAUUUGGCCAUGGGAAACAGUUCAAUUAAUUGUCGGCCCAUGCCUGAAUAUAAUUGUUCAAAUCAGUGCUAAAAAUGUGUUGCUUAUAGAUACUUUAAUCAUGUAGGUUUAUACUUGGUUAGGAAAGCAUUGUUCUAUAAAGCGUAAUUACUAUCAUUACAGAGAGCCAUGUGUUAUCCCAUUGAAUGUGUUAAUCGACCUGACAACGUUUUGCAAAAAGGCGCAAAUCGUUGGUAGUGUUCAGACCAUUAGGCCUAAUCGAGGUCAUGCUUUCCUAUAGUCUUGCUUAUAUUACUGUGAAAUCAAAAAGAUGACUAAAUAAACGAAAUCUGUUGUUUUCGAACUUUUUAA